AUGGGCUUGUUAACAGAUGCCCGGGGUCCCAGGCUCACCACCUUCCUGGGUGCCAUCACUCUCGCCAUUGGCUAUUUCCCUCUAUACUCCGCCUACGAAAAAGGACAAGGCUCGCUCAGUGUGGGUUUGCUGGCGUUCUUCUCUUUCUUCACAGGAUUCGGUAGCUGCUCUGCUUUUUCAGCUUCGAUCAAGACGGCCGCGUCAAACUUUCCAGACCAUCGGGGCACCGCAACUGCAUUUCCUCUUGCGGCCUUUGGCUUGAGCGCCUUCUUCUGGUCGACCCUCUCGUCGAUCCUGUUCAAAGAUGAUACCGGAGAUUUUCUCCUACUGCUGGCAAUAGGAACAUCUGUCCUGAAUCUGGUGUCCAUUCCGUUCCUUCGGAUCAUUACCCUCAGUGAUCCUUACAUCCCAAUCGGCCGAAACCGAUCGCCCGGCGUAGAAUCUAGGAGACUGCGCCGGACCAGAUCUCCCGAUCCUCGUUCCCUUCCCCAUGCGACUGACGAAGCAGCGGCACAGAGUUCUACUGCCUUUGAAGUUCGCACUCCGGCACAUGUACGGUCGCAUUCCGUCGUGUCGAAUUCCCACCCGUCUAGCCACCACAAGUCAGAGCAUGAUGAGACGUCAUCAUUGGUCUCCAAAACCUCCAGACAAUCCCUGGAUCUUUUCCAUGAGCAUGACCACGAUUUUCAUGAUGAUGACGACAUGUCUGAUAUUGCACUUGAAUCACCCCACCCAGAUAUCAGGGGAUUCGCGAUGCUUCCUACAGUGGAGUUCUGGCAGCUAUUCCUCACCAUGGCGCUCCUGUCUGGAAUCGGGUUGAUGACUAUCAACAAUAUUGGAAACACUGUAAGACUGCGGAUUGGGUCUGACGUGCUUGUCAAGAAGCUUGACAUGUCCCGCUUCUGGUGCUUGUUCAUCUCUUCAGUGGUUUUCACCGUCACGCAGCUGGCUGGCGCGGCGAUUUCCAACCCACAUCAGUUGGUGGUGGUCUCGGGCUUCACUGGUGUUGCUUACGGCUUCCUCUUCGGUGUUUUCCCAUCCUUGGUCGCCCACACGUUCGGUAUCGGCGGUCUUUCGCAGAAUUGGGGUGCAAUGACCCUAGCUCCCGUGCUAAGCGGCAACGUGUUCAACCUACUCUACGGAAGCAUUUACGAUCGACACUCGGUUGUCGGCCCCGAUGGCGACCGCGAUUGUCCUGAUGGAUUAACCUGCUACCAGUCGGCAUACUACACCACCUUCUUCUCUGGAGUUGCUGGAAUUCUGGUCUGCCUGUGGAGUAUCAUGCGCGAAAAACGCGUCCACGAUGCGGUUCGCAAGAAGAUCGAGCACGAUCGUCUUGCUUGA